AUGGAAUCUCGCGUCCUGGCCUUAUUGAGUCACCCGCUGAUCGUUCAAUACUACGACAGCUUCGUCCUCCAGAACGAGAUGGUCCUCGUCAUGGAAUACUUACAGGGCGGCACUCUGGACGACUUCCUUCAGUCUUGCGCCGGCAACCUCCUCCCCGAACAGGCACGAUCGCUCUUUUCUCCGUGCUUGCCAACUUUUUUUUACUGCAUUGCGGUCCAGCAGCUGCAAAUGUUGGAUGGGAAGAUCCUGUGGCUGUUCGCUCAGAUGUGCAUCGCGCUGCAGCACAUCCACUCCAAGCAGAUCCUGCAUCGAGAUCUCAAGACUCGGAACAUCCUGCUCGACCGGGACCGGCACGUGGCCAAGAUCGGGGAUUUCGGCAUCUCCAAGAUCCUCAAUUCGCGGAGCAAGGCGCUGACGGUGGUGGGCACCCUGCCGUACAUGUCCCCAGAGCUGUGCCAGGAGAAGCCGUACAACCAGAAGUCGGACGUCUGGGCCCUGGGAUGUAUGCUGUACGAGAUGGCGUCGUUGAAGCAGGCCUUCGCUGCCCACGCCAUGCCGGCCCUGCUGUACAAGAUCACGCAGGGGACGGUGGCACCGAUCCCCAGCAAGUACUCCCCGCAUCUCAAGUCCUUGGUCCACGAGUGCCUUCAGCAAGAGCCGGAAUGCCGCCCCUCAGCCGAGGAGCUGCUCGCCCACCCCCUGCUCGUGCCCUACGUCCUCCAGGUCUACCUGGACGUCGGGAUGACCAGCGAGUUCAAACCCAUGUGGGAGAAAAAGAAGGGGGCUGGAGGGGAGGCUGCUGCUCCUACUUCUUAACGGGUCUGCCGACUGUGAUCGAAGAGCUAAAAAAAAGCCGUAGUCAAAGUCACGGUUAUUCAGUACAAUCCAAGGACAAUAGAGUGGGAAGUAUUAAUUUUGGAAAAUCUCAUUUUGAAAGUGCUCUCUUGCUAGUGGAGUACCGUUGGAUAAGUGGUCAGACCGCCUGCUGAUUGAGAGAGCCUCAUCUCCAUGACCCGGUCUCUUUACGGUUGUUCUUGAAAAUUAUGGGUUCAUCCAGAAACUGGUCUGCUCCUUCUCCUUCCGCUGUACUAAUCAUUACUCCUCGAUAGUGAUUGGAUCCUCGGGAGGAGUACCCGCGCCAUCAAAGGCUCAGCUGUGCAUUUCCUUGCUCUUCAUUUUUUCAUUCCAUGUGCCUUCUAUAUUAUUAUUAUCAUUUAUUUAUUCUCAUAAAGAGAAUGUGCGUUAGAUAAUUUUCAUUUAAAAUUCCUAUCAUGCUACCAAUAUUAGAGCGAUACAGUUUUGGCUGAAGGAAAGUCUCCUCGUUGGCUGGUUCCUCAUGCACUUCGGUCUUGGUGUUCCAAUUCUGCACGAAAGCAUGGGGAACUUCAAUUGCGCAUGCUUUGAAUUAAUUGUGGGUAUAGAGUAGAGUAGAGUAGAGAUUAAAGGUAACGCGACGGCACGCUCCUCCGCAUCUCAACUCGCCCAAAAGGCUUCCAACUUAUGUUAGCUGUUGGCAUGGUAUGAAGCAGGGUUUAGUUUUUAAGAAAAGAAGUACCGGAGAUUGCUGAAUGUAUUAUCCUAAGUAAAUGGGUGAGGACCUUACCCCAAUAAAAAUUUUUGCAUACAAUACCUGACGAACAUUUUGAUUUUCGGGAUCACAAAAAAACUAAGUUCUUGU